CUUCUUCUUCUUCUUCUUCUUCUUCAGGUGAUGGCCAGCAAAAUUAUGAUCUACUUUGUUUUGGAGUUCGUCACUGGUGGAGAGCUCUUCGAUAAAAUUGCAAGCAAUGGGAGGUUGAAGGAAGAUGGGGCGAGGAAGUACUUCCAACAGCUUAUUAACGCAGUUGACUAUUGCCAUAGCAGAGGAGUUUAUCAUAGAGACCUUAAGCCUGAAAAUUUGCUUUUGGAUGCAAAUGGGGCUAGGAAAGUGUCUGAUUUUGGAUUGAGUGCUCUACCUUAGCAAGCCCGAGAGGAUGGUUUACUUUACACAACAUGUGGAACACCAAAUUAUGUUGCUCCAGAGGUAAUCAAUAACAAAGGUUAUGAUGGAGCCAAAGCUGAUUUGUGGUCUUGUGGUGUGAUUCUCUUUGUCUUAAUGGCUGGAUAUUUGCCUUUCGAAGAUUCUAACUUGGCCUCAUUAUAUAAAAAGAUAUUCAAAGCCGAGUUUACCUGCCCUCACUGGUUCUCUGCAAGUGCCAAGAAGCUAAUCAAAAGAAUUCUGGAUCCGAAUCCAGCAACGAGGAUUACAUUUGCCGAAGUCAUCGAAAACGACCGGCCCUGCGAGUGGUUUAAUAAAGGGUAUAAAGCACCCAAAUAUGAAAAUGCAAAUGUCAGCCUUGAUGAUGUUGAUGCAAUUUUUGAUGCAAUGUCAGGGGAGUCCCAAAACCUUGUUGUGGAGAGGCGAGAAGAAGGACUUAGAACACCAGUAACUAUGAAUGCUUUUGAGCUCAUCUCAACAUCCAAAGGUCUCAAUGUGGGUUCACUUUUCGAAAAGCAAAUGGGGCUUGUUAAACGGAAAACUCAGUUUACUUCAAAAUGUCCGGCUAAUGAGAUAGUCACGAAAAUAGAGGCCGCAGCAGCACCUAUGGGAUUUGAUGUCAAGAAAAAUAACUACAAGCUUGUAGGAGAGAAAUCAGGCCGCAAGGGUCAAUUAGCAGUAACGACUGAGGUUUUUCAAGUUGCUCCAUCGCUAUAUAUGGUUGAAAUGAGGAAAUCAGGGGGUGACACCUUGGAAUUCCACAAGUUUUACAAGAACCUCACCACGGGUCUUAAGGACAUCGUUUGGAAAACAAUCGACGAAGUGAAAGAGGAAGGAACCCAAGUUUCAGGUGGUGCGGUGGUUGCUUCUUGAUACCCGGCCAAAUUGUCUACGUAUGCUUCGAAUAUUAUUUAGAUAUUGUUCUGUAUAAAUUGCUUUGUGGGGAUUGUGAGUGUGGUUUUGAAGUUAUACAAAAGAAACCGUCAUGAAGUGGAGCAAAGGAGCAAAUUGGAAACUACAUUGGGGGAAUUUGUUAAAAAAAAGUGAUAAUAAUUGUUAAUCUUUGUUUGAUUCCACUGGAAUGUUGUGAAUAACGAGUAUAGCUUGAAUCUGAUAAACUGUAAAUUUAAAAGCUUUACGUAUUUGGACGUUUUUAAGAAU